AUGAGCGGCGUCUUCCAUCUUGAUGAAGACCGUGAGCGCGAGCCGGCUUCUUCGACUACCGCACCAUCACCCUCCUCUCGGCGAUCGUCUCCCCCCCAUCAGUCUCAACCCUCAACGGUUCGAACCUCAGCAGCGUCCCCACCAGCUCUGCAAGUGCCCGCCUCAGGCUUGCCUCAAUCCCAGCCGUUCGGACGCAAAUCCGCAGCCUUCGCAACAACGCCGUCAUUCUCUUCUCCGCUCGCUCAAGCGGUGACUGUGGCAUCCCACACCGAUUCGUCGUCCUCGUCCGCAUCGUCAACAGAAUGCUCCCCUCAUCCUUCCGAUGACGAGGGCUCGAUCGCGAGCGGUGCAGCCUCCGCAAUUGAAAGCCCGCUCUUGACAACUUCAGGUGGCCGUCCGUCUGGGCCUCCUGAUCCUGCACCUCCUCGCCGCUCCUACUCUCGUCCACCGAGCCCAUCACAGACAAGACAGGGGACCACACCUGGGUCGUCACUCAAGAGUCGGGUACGCCGAUCUGGCAGUAUGUCGCUCAGCUCAGGUUCAGCUAUAGCCUCUAGGGGUUCACCACCCACAUCUGCGAACAACCCAUCGAGUAGCCGGCGUGUCGACAUGUGGAGUGAUGUUGCUUCGCAAAAGUCGCACCACAGCAGCAUGAGCGGAUCUAGUGGUCGAGGGACGGCUUCAGAAACGGGAGGCGGCGGCUCUAGUCCACUGGCGUUUGGGAGUCCAGAACUGGAAGCUACGGUUGACCUUCUGACGGUACCUCCCCCCAUCGCUGUGGUCUCACCCACGCCUUCCAGAAGCCGGGACAGCAACAUUCUCGGAUUGGGAUGGGCCAGCGGCUGGGGUAAUCCGAAUGCCGCGCCAUCGGUUUCGAAAGGGAAGGGAAAGUCCAAGGAUUCCUCUCGUCCAGCAAGUCCGAAGAAGGAGGCCGAGGUGACCGCCCCCGGACCUUCCAGUGACGCGGCCUCGACGAGGAUCAGAAUAUAUGCGAUCGUCUUCCGUCGACUUGCUCUCUCCUCAUCCGCGUCGCUGAUAUCGCCGUUGGACCCCCUUCCAUCACCAUGGUCAGAGACACCGGGGAGUCUCGCGGGAGUGGUGGCCGAGCAUGGUUCCGGGACUUCGCUGAGCCGCUCCGUCACAGGUGCGUCCAUUCGGCUGAAUCGGGUUCCAACAAGCGUCCGACUUGCGGCGGAUCUUAUCAAGACUCAGUCCACGCCGCCGCCACACCACAACAGCAGUGACUCUUCUACAUCGGUGCCGACGCCCAAUCCAUCGCCUGCCGAGACCGACAAGGGCAUCAGCGGCUUGCCACCUCGAAAGUUGGCUCUUCCAGCUUCAGCGUCUCUGCCGCCUGGUGCUUUGAACGCGGCACUAUCUUCGUCACCCUCCGCAUCCUCUCGUUGGAACUCCCUGGAUGCAACGACAGACGCGUCUAGCUUUUCUUCCAUGUCUUCUCCUACAUCUGCCGCCCCGCACCAUGCGAGCCCUUCUUCAGCCGGCGUCUCACCAACCACGCCCCCCCACGCCUCGCAGGGAUCGAGAGCUUCCACACUGGAGGCAAUGCUGUCCCGGCGCUCCUCUCCGGUGGCUGUGCUUUCGCCUUCCUCUGCAACAGGGAGCUCGUCAAUGGCGGAAGAGGCGUCCAGUGCCGGCUUGGGCUCGUCUCCCACAAACCAUCUCGACGGGGUUGGACCAUCUCGACUCAGAGCCGCUUCCGAGCAGGCGUAUCAGCAAUUGGCGAUGCAGCAAGCCACGCGAAUCUCAUUAUGCAAAGCCGACAGGCGAAAAUGCAACGCUGGCGCCCCCGUGGAAGGCGAGAAUCCUCCGCUGCUGACUCCAGGUGGUUCACCUGCAAACCGUCUCAGCGCCUCGUACGUCGAAGGAGGGGGAUCGCAUUUUUCAGGUUGGGAGUCGGCUCGCCAGUGGGCUGUGGACAGUCCUGGGCCUCGUCAACGUCCUCAUGCCGAGCACAGAGAGGUGCCUCACUCACACUCCUCUCACCUCGGGAUUGAUUCCUUCCAACCUAAAUUCGGCAGUGUACGGAUGGAGAAGCAAGUCUCAGCGACAGGGUCUGUGGCGAGCAUAGAAUGGGUUGACUGGUAUGACGAGUACAAAGCCUACAAGGCCGAGAAGAUCCGGGCAGAGGCACAGGCAGCUUCAGAACGACAAUGGUCACAGCCCGUAUCACCCAUCGUCGGGCCGUCAUACCUGGAAGAGACGACCCUCGACCCCAGUGCUUCGACAGCUACAUUGACAGUCGCGGCAGAGCCACCACCGACGUCUUAUGCCCAGAAGGGUGAGCCAACCCAGCAGCAAGAGUCUGGCAUGCAUCGGAGACGAAGCCUUUCCCUUCGUUCGGCGAUAUCCGCAAUGGAUCAGAAGAGAUCUCCGAACCCGAAGCGUUCAGGACUACUGGACAGACCGCGCCAAACAAGCGGUGGAUCCACGAGAUCUGCCUCUGGAGAUACCCACCUGUCUCUGCGAAGAAAGAAAAAUCUGGUCUCGAAGAUGGAAGGUUGGUGGAACGCUGUCAAGAGCAACUUCUCCGCAGACGCCGAGAUAGAUACUCAGCCCUCGUCUGGUCCCUCGGCAUAUUCGCAUCCUCGAGUACCAUCUGCCCCUCAAAGCAGGCGCGGAAGCGACAAGUCUUCUAGCACGUUUCUUGUUUCAAGUCUCCAUCCUCCUGAACCGGUACGGCGCUCGUCGUCAACGUCGAUGCGGUCUGUUCGCCCCUCGACGUCUCACAUGGAUCUUCCCAGGGGAGAAGUGAGCGCUGCUGGCGGAGGCAGUGGCAUCGCACCUGCAAGCGCAGUUGAGCCCAUCGUACCCGUCGCACCCCUCGCAGAACCCGCUCCUGCUGUGGUUCACAAGGCCGGUAUCAAGCAAAUCGAGCGUCAUGCUAUUGGCCUCGAGACCCGCAGGAACCAGCCGUCAUUGCGGUUGGACUUGGAACCGAAUCAUCUGGUCCUGUCCGGCUCGCGACAUCGUGGCAGCUCUUACAUGUCCGGCUCCAACGAUUCACGUGGAAGCACGAUGCCGUCUGGAUCUGUGGCCAUCUCACACACAGCGAAUUCACGUUCGUCAUCCUAUGGGUUCGGUCAGAGCCUGAGUGCCUCCUCGCAGUGGGAGCAAUCGCCAUCGCCCCUCCUUCCUGCGCUGAGUACGCGCGAGACGAAGGACGACAAGCCCGUGGCUCCAGGAGCAGAUCUGACGGUGGCGUCUGUUCGGCGGCAUGUGAAGCAACGUCUUAAUGCCGCAAAGGAACAAUGUGACUCGACGCUGAAGAAAAUCAUCGGCACUAUCACGAUCUACGUGGAUCAGCGAAUGGCAGCUACGGAGGACAUCGAAGAUCCUCGUCAAGAUUACUUCGACACAUUUGCUGAUUCCCCUUCUUUGGAUCCUGCUGAUAGCGAAGAUGACUGGAACAUUCCACCAAUCGGGGGUAGCCACGCACACCAAGGGUUCGACGGGCCUGCAGAUGCCGACAGACUGUUCUUAACCUCACUGCAGGAUUUGAUCGUGUUGGCGACAGACGUCCUGGAUCUGACCGUCGACAGCCUUAUCUCGCGGCCUUCUGCUUGCGUUGAGAUUGUCCGCAAAAUACAGGGCACUGGUCAGGCUUGGGACGAGCAUGAGGAUUGGCCUGGGCGUGCUUGGUAUGUGGAUAUCCUGAUGGCGGUCGCUCGUCUCGCGCGGGUGUUGGAAUGGUGGGAAGCGGAGAAGGGCUUCUGGAAUUUUGACGAGGAUGCCGACGAACCUCUUUCACUGCUGUUACGGCCCACCAGAGACAUCCCGCAGUUCGAGCUGGAACCAGGCCGCUCUGAUUUUGAGCCUCCGCAAGUCUUCUCCGCGGCGUCGACGGAUAUAGAGCAAGAUCUUUCUCAAUCAGCAACCACAGUGACAUUGGCGCACUCUCAGGCGAUCGGUUCUCCAGCGAUGUCAGCAGUCGACGCAAAGGAUAGGGCCAACCUCGAUGACACCACCCAAGCGAUCGAAGAUCUCCGUAUCUUGGCAGAAGAGGCACAGAUGGUCAACAUUGUCAUGGAGCUCAGCCUUCAGGGCGAGGAAAUCAUCUAUGUCAACGACGCGAUCUACGAGGUCAUCGGCAACACUGUCGAACUCCGAUUCCGCUUCGAAGCGCACAAAGUCGAUGGGUCCCCCGAUGAGCGCGAACCAGGUCCGAGUUACAUGGAGCUCGAAGGUGUGGGAAUGCUCAUUCGCGAAAACAACGAGCCGUCCCAUACAAUGUGGGUUAUGAAACCCGUCACCGCGACCCAGGUUGAGAAGAUCACCGAUGCCGUUUUCCCCCGCGACGGCGUCAUUUCAACAGAAAGCGUGCUUUGCCGGAUCUGUGAACGCGAAAUUGUCGUCUGGUUCUUCGAAAAGCACAACGAGACAUGUGACGCUGUGCACCGUCUGGACGCGGAGAUCGAUCAAGCGAACGAAUGUCUGUGCGAGCUUGUGCGCACAGUUAACAAGCUCAAGGCAGAUCUGACUGUCAAUGACUUGCGGCCGGCAUCCGCAGUCCGGCCCAUCGUCUUCUAUCAGAUCCCCGAGUCUAUUUCCUCGGAAUCUGAGCCAGAAGAUGCUCAGGGAGUCGAUGGUACCAAGGUUGACGUUGCGCAAUUGCAAGCAGUGAUCGACAUUCUUUUGGCCGCGAAGAAGAUCGAAACGCCAUCUGUUCUAGAUAGCGAAGUUGACAUGCCCUUCAACCUGCAACGCUACAUUUCGGCCGAGUCGGAAGAGAAACUGCUGCGGAUCACUCGCUGGCAAAAGCCACCCACAACAGACAGCGGCCUCGCGAGACUGUUCACUCUGAUAGAGGAGCAGCUUCGCCAGAAGCAGAAGGCUGUCGCUCGUAUGCAGAGUACAAUCAGGUACUCUGAGAAGAUCCGCCACGAAUGGGAAGACAAAAUCAAUCAGAUGAUCACCGACAGCGAGGACGCCAGCGGUUCUGACAGUGGGUCAGAUGCUCUGGACGCAUCAGCCGGCUCCACAGAGGUUGCUGCCAAUACACCCCAAGAGGCUCCCGGUCUUCGAGCCCCCGCAGUACGACUACCCAUAACCCAGGGUCACCCUCAACGUGCAGCUCAAGAUGUGCCCACCCAGAGGUUGGCGAAAGCUGGCGCUGCGCCUAUUGCGCCCUCAGUCCUGCAAGAUUCGCAAUCUGAAGAGGACUUGCGCUCUACGAACAGCCCUGGAGAGGCUGCUUCAUCAGCCACCGACAGACCGUCGACGCCCCAACACAUGAGCAACUUGACACGGCUUCGUCGCGAGGGUUUAUCUGGUUCUCCCGACGCUUCUCGGUCUCGAUCUCGUCCGUUAGAGCGAGGCGACCAACGAGGGCACACGCGUCGAGUGUCUUCGGUUAGGGCUAUCCGAGAAGGACCAGUUUCUCCAUAUUUAGCAGCAAGUGGAAGCACAAUCGCGACCAAAGCGCCGGCCCCCUCCAUCAAGGACUUUGAGAUUAUCAAGCCUAUCAGUCGAGGUGCUUUCGGAUCCGUCUAUCUCGCGAAGAAAGUUGCGACCGGAGACUACUACGCCAUCAAAGCGCUCAAGAAGUCGGACAUGAUCGCCAAGAACCAGAUCACGAACGUGAAAGCCGAGAGGACCAUUCUCAUGAACCAGGCCAGCUCGCCCUACGUUGUCAAACUCUACUUCUCUUUCCAGAGCAAGGAGUACCUUUAUCUGGUGAUGGAGUAUCUGAACGGAGGAGAUUGCGCUACACUGGUGAAGACGUUGGGUGCUCUCCCCCUCGACUGGGCUCGCAACUACAUUGGAGAACUCGUCCUUGGACUGGAGUAUCUUCAUGGACGCAAUGUCGCUCAUCGUGACAUUAAGCCCGAUAACAUGCUCAUUGACUCGCAUGGUCACCUCAAGCUUACCGAUUUUGGUCUGUCGAAGAUGGGUUUGCUGAAUCGCCAGAUCGGCGGCCCUCGUCCCCCAUACCUGCGUGGUACCUCGCUUCGCACAGUCGUCACCACUAGAUCAUCCAUGUCCUCUAAUGACUCUCCACUUCUAUCCCCAGAAACUAUUCCAGUCCCUUCUGCGUCUCAGUCCGGUGUAUCGUAUUUUCCUCAACUGGCGGACAGCCCCUCCGCAGAUGACUCGAGUGGAUCCGAAUCCAAUGGACCAAUACCUCGACAUAUGCGCCAUCGUUCGAGCGCGAAGGGAUCGUCGGAUGCUGGCACCAACUCGGGGGCGGAACCUCCCCGCUUUGUCGGAACUCCGGAUUACUUGGCGCCGGAAAGCAUAUUGGGAGGCAGCACAGACGACCGCAUGGUUGACUGGUGGGCCGUCGGAGUGGUUCUUUACGAGUUCCUCUACGGAGUCCCGCCAUUCCAUGCCGAAUCGCCUGAGAAAGUAUUCGAUAACGUGGUUUCUCGACGCAUCAAUUGGCACGAAGAUGAAGUGGACAUCCCCCCCGAUGCUCACGACCUUAUGGACCGUUUGAUGUGCUCCAAUCCAGCGCAGAGAUUGGGAGCUCGAGGGGCUGAUGAAGUCAAAGCCCACUGUUUCUUCGAAGGAAUCGACUUUGCAACUCUCACUUCCACAGAGGCCGUUUUUGUGCCCAACGCUGCUGAUCCUGAGUCAACAGACUAUUUCGACCCUCGGGGAGCCAACACUCUUCCAGAUCAGGAACACUCUGCAGUUUUGCCUCCUCUGGCUACUCCUCCGGCCGUUGAUCCUCCGCUCAACUCUGACCCAGCCGUGGCAACCGAUCAGCCGGAACAAGCAGACGAUUUUGGAGCCUUCAACUUCAAGAAUCUCCCUGUUCUCAAGCAAGCCAAUGAUGACGUGAUCCGUCGCAUUCGUUCCGACUCCAUCGCAGCACUGGGACAACCUGCUGAAGUCAAGGAUCGACUGCGUGGUCAUCAUGUGGGCCGGAAGGCCAGCACUCGGGGUCGAGGGCCCCCGUCACCUUCCACCUCAACGUCUUCUGCCGCUUCCACCCCCUCCAGGGCGGAACUUAACGCUCUUGAACGCGUGAAGCUCAUGGACCACGACAGCCUGCGACAUCAUCCGAGCAAUCGUUUCCGAGCCGGGUCUGGGUCGAGUGCCUCAGACUGGAGUUCGAACAUGGAGGCUUGGACACACCCCCGACGUCCCAAUACCGAAGAGGGGCAACUGGUACCCGCUGCGAACCCUAGUCAUCCAGCUGGCAAGUCACUAGUUGUUCUUGUGGCCGAGGACAAUCCCAUUUCUCAAAUGACGCUCCUCUCCCGUCUGGGCUGUCGAUGCGUUUGUGUCCAAGAUGGGCCCGAAGCCCUGGCAGCUGCCAUGGGCAGUAUAAGUGGCGAGAAUGUUGCGUUCAACGACCAACACCAACCAGAACACACCCAUCUUCUCUGCGAUACUACCCAAACCGUUCUCAAAGGUCGAGCUCCUUCAGUGCCUCGCCAAAGUCGGCUUUUCACUUAG